GUAACGAUUUCGUGCUGUUUACUCUUUGACAGCACCAACAACAUAAGUAAAAUUGUAAAAUAAAUUCGUUUUACAAAUUCCAUAAGAUAGGAAGGACCAGUGGUUAGAACGGGAUUUACACUGAAGAUAUUUCAAUUUCCUAUGUUUCGGCAUCGACAACGAAGGCGGGGUCUCUACCAUACAAGUAAAUAACAUACGAAAAUCAUGUACGGACGAAAAACUCCAUCGACUUAUCGUUCUACACCGUCAGUUUAUUCACACUAUACGGGAAGGUCAUCAACAAACCUUCGCUCAUCAAAAUCUGUGAAGUCGUUACGUCUACCAUGGUACAUGAAACCUAUUUUACACGAUGCAUUCCUUCUCGACCUUCAAAGAGGCUCCUUACUCACGGGUUUCGUUUCAGUUUUCAUAGCUCUCUUUACAUUUGCUCAAAGCAUAUUUGACUUGUAUUGCUUGGGCAUGGCAACACCAGGAGCAGUACAUUAUGGAUAUUAUGUAUUUAGUUUCCAGUUUGUAUAUGUCGGAAGUGCCCCUGUCCGCAAUGUAUUAAUUGUAUUUUCGUUGUUUUCCUGGAUUGGAUCUGUGGCUGUACUUAUAACAAGUAUCUUGCUAAUUGUUGCAUUAAGAAAAGAAUACGAGAAGAAGAUUGUACCAUGGCUGUACACAUUUGGUGUGUUCAUACUGUUCCGUACAGUUGCGUUUAUAUUUGCUGCAAUAGUCAAUGACAUGAUAUUCUCCUACAAUGUCCUGAUGUGCCUCUGCUGGGUUGUGUUCUCUAUUGUGGGCGUUUAUGGCUGGCUGCUUGUCUACAGUCUUUAUUUAGAAUUGGCUGAUUUGACUAAAUUGGAAGAUCUGGCUCAUUUAAGGAUGGGCACAAUGGCAUCAUUGAAUGCAUCACUAGCGGGCUCCAGACCUACGACACCUCACAGCACGGUGUCUACUAUGCCAGCAUCACAGAUAUGAUGCGAGGAGUCCGACAGCCAACAGGCUGCGGAGGUACAGCCCCUCACUUCCGAAGGUGGGUUUGAGACACCAGUGUAACACUGAAAUUCUAAUUGUUUUAUACAUUGUAUAUCCAAACUCUUGUAAGACAUAUAUUGCCAUCCUUUUUAUCCUCUUUGAAAGAUAGAGAUAGCUAUAUUGCUUGAAUACAUGUUUGUCCAUUACUUUAUUGACUGCACUGACAUUUUUACAUUACAUUAGUUGAUUCCGACUGUAAUGGGGUGAAACAGUUGAAUACUAUCCCUAUCUCUUUUUUUCAAAGAGAAUAAGUGGGAUAGCAAUAUAAUCACAAUCCAGGUUUUAAGUCUAUCGAGAUCUAUUCACUCUAUAUGUAAAUAUUUUGACUUUACAAUAUAAUUUGGACGAAUCAAUUAUGGAAUUUUUCAUAUCAUAUUUCAAUCUUUUGCUAAUAAAGUUUACAUAUGUCUGUAUUUAUAAAGGACUGAAUUGGAUCAAAAUCGUACAAAAGAAUAUUUGUAACUUAAUAUUUAAGAAUAUAAGUGCACUUAAAUAAAUCAUGUAAAAUCAAUGUAAACUUAUGAAUGUAAGUUUUCACUGCAGUAAAUACAAAAAAAUUGUCAUCCUUUUAUCUCUCACAAAGUUUUUGUAAUUUGUGGCAGUGAAAACUCAC